CACUGACCGAGCAAGUUGUGAAGCAAGUUACAAAGUUGCAAUUGUUAAAGUUGUAGAUAUGGUAAACCCAAGGGAUUAUGCUUCAUCUGACAAUCUUCAAAGAUACAAUGUAUCACAUUUAAUUGACGAAUUUGCUGAUGAUUUAAUAAAAAUGUCCGGAAAAUGUAUGGACAUCGGUUGUGGUCCGGGAGAUAUAACGAAGAAUUUUCUUUUGCCAUUUCUUGAUCCAAAUGCAGUAAUAAUUGGUACGGAUGUUUCGCAAAGCAUGAUCGAAUAUGCAAAUAUGACAUACAGUGAUGAGAAACGACUUGGAUUCGAAAUAUUAGAUAUCCAAACUAAAAAUUUGCCUGAGAAAUAUGUAUCGGAAUUUGACCACAUUUUUUCAUUUCACACUUUGCAUUGGUGUAAAGACAUUCGACAAGUGUUUGAAAACAUUUAUCGCAUGCUUCGACCUGGUGGAACUAUGCUUACAUUAUUUGUAACAUCUCAUGAUACAUUUAAUGUUUUUGAACUAAUGGCACAAGAUAUCCACUUUGCAUCGUACAAGAAAGAUAUAAAAAGAUGUAUUUCGCCGUAUUUUUAUUCAAAAAAUCCUCACAAAGAAGUAAAAGAGUUACUUAAAAAUAUUGGAUUUGAAGUUUCCCAUUGCAGUCAUCGAGAAGCGACAUUUUCCGCUAAAGAUUCAAACAAGUUUUUAUCUGGGAUAAUGUCCAUAUCCGCAUUUUUGGAUAAAAUGCCACAUAAUCUCGCAAAAGAAUUCAAGGAUAAUUACGCACGUGAAUAUAUGAAAAGGAAGAUUAAAUAUACAUCAAUAUGUAAUAAUCAAGAGCAAACAUUUGUAUUAGAUGUAUACAAAGUGUUGAUAGUUUAUGCUCGAAAAGUUAUAUAAUAUUGGAUAUACAGUGGCGUGCAAAAUUUUUGAGCCAAAUUGUUUUUUUAAGAUUUAUUAUAAGAUACUGAAUUGCUCUAAAAAUUAAUCAUGUAAAAUAAUUGACAUA